CCGCCCAUGCGUAAACGAACAUCACUGACAAUCUGAGCAACAUUUCUGRUCAUUCUUCUUCUUCAUCAAAUAAUUCAGCACGAUCUUUUAAAUUCCACGGGAUUUUUCCCAUGGAAAAGAUAUUUCUGUCGCGCUUUAACGCACAGUGCAUGAUAUAGCGAGUUUAAGAGACUGUGAUGGCGAAUAGCGAGAAAGGAAAGGCUGUCGAUUGGGAGCGUUUUGGGUUGAACUCGGACGAGCGGAAGACAAACCAAGCGACUUCAAGUGCCAGCGAUGUAUCUAGAAAUACUUCAACUACAGUAGGAAACCCUAAUGUGAAAGAACUGUUUGAAGAAGAACAGACUGACAACAAGACCGAGCAGCCAUGGUGGAAGGCCAACUUCUUCAUCAGAGAACCCGUCUUGUUUGGAACCUGGGAUGGUGUUUUCACAUCUUGUGUGCUGAAUAUAUUUGGUGUUGUUAUCUUCCUUAGAACGGGAUGGAUGGUG